AUGCGAGCUACUCCUUGUCCUCCUGAUUUCUCCGGCUCCAAGCCUGACGAUUGGUUGGAUGGGCUGCUUGUCAGGCCAAAGUCGGGUUCUGAUUGGUCGAUCCGCGGCUGUGCUCCGGGCUCUCGUGGGUCCAGGCACCGCGCUCAAGCAGGCAACAUGGCGGUCCUUGGAGUGCAGCUGGUGGUGACGCUGCUCACUGCCACCCUCAUGCACAGGCUAGCGCCGCACUGCUCCUUCGCGCGCUGGCUGCUCUGCAACGGCAGUCUCUUCCGAUACAAGCACCCUUCCGAGGAAGAGCUUCGGGCCCUGGCGGGGAAGCAGAGGCCCAGAGGCAGGAAGGAGCGGUGGGCCAAUGGCUACAGUGAGGAGAAGCCGUUAUCUGUGCCCCGAGACACCCCUUUCCAGCUGGAGACCUGUCCCCUCACAGCUGUUGAUGCCCUCGUCCUGCGCUUCUUCCUGGAGUACCAGUGGUUUGUGGACUUCGCGGUGUACUCGGGUGGCGUGUACCUCUUCACAGAGGCCUACUACUACGUGCUGGGCCCCGCCAAGGAGACCAACAUCGCCGUGUUCUGGUGCCUGCUCACCAUCGCCUUCUCUAUCAGGAUGUUCCUGACCGUGACUCGGCUGUACUUCAGUGCGGAAGAGGGGGGCGAGCGCUCCGUCUGCCUCACCUUCGCCUUCCUCUUCCUGCUCCUGGCAAUGCUGGUGCAGGUGGCGCGAGAGGAGAUCCUCGAGCUGGGCCUGGAGCCAGGCCUGGCCAGUAUGACUCAGAACUUGGAGCCACUUCUGAAGACACAGGGCUGGGAUUGGGCUCUUCCUCUGGUCAAGCUGGCCAUCCACAUGGGGCUGGCAGCGGUGGGCUCCAUGCUGGGUGCCUUCCUCACCUUCCCAGGCCUGCGGCUGGCCCAGACUCACCAUGAUGCACUGACCAUGUCAGAAGACCGGCCCAUGCUGCAGUUCCUUCUGCACACCAGCUUCCUGUCCCCCCUGUUUGUCCUGUGGCUCUGGACCAAGCCUAUUGCACGGGACUUCCUGCACCAGGCUCCCUUUGGGAGCACGUCCUUUUCCCUAUUGUCCGACUCGGCCUUCGACUCGCUGCGCCUCUGGGUGCUGGUGGCACUGUGCCUGCUGCGGCUGGCGGUGACCAGGCCCCACCUGCAGGCCUACCUGUGCCUGGCCAAGGCUCACGUGGAGCAGCUGCGGAGGGAGGCUGGCCGCAUCGAGGCCCGCGAGAUCCAGCGGCGGGUGGUGCGGGUGUACUGCUACGUGACAGUUGUGAGCCUGCAGUACCUGACUCCGCUCGUCCUCACACUCAACUGCACGCUGCUGCUCAAGACGCUGGGCGGCUACUCCUGGGGCCUGGGCCCGGUCCCCCAGCUGUCCCUCACCCCGUCCCCAGCCCGCGAUGGCCCAGUCAGCCCCGAGGAGGACGAGGCCCAGCAGACCGCGGCCCUGAUCGCUGGGGCUCUGGGCAGCCUGCUCACGCCACUCUUCCUGCGCGGCGUCCUUGCCUUCCUCAUCUGGUGGAUCGCCGCCUGCCAACUGCUCGCCAGCCUCUUCGGCCUGUACAUCCAUCAGCAUCUGGCGGGCUCCUAGCUCUCCGGCAGACACUCCAGCGGCCCCAAGGUCUGGUCCUGGACCAGCAGGGCACAGACCACCCCUUCAGUGUCCCCAGGUGCAAGGUGGUCCUGGGAGUUCCUGCUGUGCCCGCUGCGCCGGUCCCCUUCACCGCAGUGCCUGAGCCAUGUCCUUGGACCCUGAGCUUCUGCCUAGAAACUGACGCCCCAGCGGCGGAGGGUCCCACGGCCGGCCAGCCGUAGUUCCCAGAUUACACGUGCCCAG